AUGCUUUUCUAUCCAGCAAGUGAAGAUACAUAUCUUAUGGAGGAUGCAAUUAGAGCAAGGCCCGAAAGAAAUGUCCAGUUUAUUGUUGAGGUUGGAUGCGGCUCUGGGUAUAUAAGCAAGGUUCUGGCAGAGGUCUACCCAUCUUCGCAAAUAAUAAGCACGGAUAUAAACCCCCAUGCUAUAGAAGAGACUUCUCGUGUCUGCAAGGGGCUAAAUGUCACUGUUGUUCAGACGUCCAUAAUAGAUGGUAUAAAAGAAAGCAUAGACAUGGCCGUUUUCAACCCACCAUAUCUUCCGAGUGAAAAGGAAUACCUAACAGGCGAGUGGAUGGAUAGAGCCUGGGCAGGCGGUGAGAAGGGCAUGGAAAUAACUAAUAAAUUCCUUGAUGAAACUGCGCAUAUUCGUAUACGAUAUGUUCUUCUUUGCCAGUACAACAAUCCAGCGGAUGUAAUAGAGAAGCUUGUAUCUAAAGGAUACUGUGUAGAAGUUAUUAAGCAGCAGAAAAUACUUAAUGAAAACCUUCAGAUUGUUAGAAUAGAGCGCAAUGAGGCAAGCACUGAGUAG